AUGCACGCCAAAUACAUCUCUGUCCUGGCCCUCUCUUCCGUGGCCCUGGCAGCCAAGCCAGCCAACCUCCCAAGACAGGACGUUCCUUCACUCGACGACUGGAUUUCGGAGCAGGGCGGCUCCGACAUCCCCACCACGACUUUCGGCUCUGGUUCAUUUUCCACCUCCGGCUCUGACUCCAGCUCCGACUCUAGUUCCGACUCCAGCUCCGACUUCAGCUCUGACUCUAGCUCCAGCUCCAGCUCCAGUUCCGACGACGAAGUUGACUUCGCCGGCAUCGACCUCCCCAGUUCCGUUGUCUCCGAAAUCCAGGACCUCCCGUCGUCAAUUAGGGAGAAACUCACCGACCCUUCUGAAGUCUCGUCGGCAUACCAGGACGCUUUGGACGGCCACCCCCCAGCAUGGGCCGCCGAACUUCCUGAUGGCCUAAAGGACUAUAUCGCUUCGGCCUGGGGUGUUGAGCUCCCGGAGUCGACUGGCUCAUCCGACAGCAGCAGCAGCAGCGAUGACGAUGACUCCUCGUCUUCCUCUUCGUCCUCUGGUCCUAGUGAGACCAACUCGUCCAGUGACGAGGAUAGCAGCAACUCCUCUGACGACUCGUCCAGCGACGACUCGUCCGACAACAGCGGUGGUGGUGAAGACGGCGCCGCCGGCAUGCUGAACCCAUCUGUCCUCGCUAGUGUCGUUGGUGCUGUUGGUGUCUUGACUAUUGCUGUUGCUCUGUGA